UUUUGUGAAGGUAGUGAUACUAAACAGACCUAAGAAGCUAAACAGCCUUAACCAUGAAAUGAUUUGUCAAAUAAAAAGUAAUUUAGAGUUGUAUGAGAAUGACCCUUUAGUCCAACUUGUGAUAUUGAAGGGCAAUGGAAAAGCUUUUUGUGCUGGUGGUGAUGUGGUAUCAGUGAUUACGUCUUCAGUUGCAGGACACUGGACCUAUGCAGCUAGUUUUUACAAGAAACAGCUUACUCUGGACCAUUUGAUUGCAACCUAUAAAAAGCCAACAGUCUCUCUUAUGAAUGGAAUAGUGAUGGGAGGAGGAGCAGGUCUGUCUAUGCCCACAAGGUUUAGGGUUGUCACUGAAAAAGCAGUAUUUUCAAUGCCAGAGGCAUCUAUAGGACUUUUUCCAGAUGUAGGAGCCAAUUACUUCCUUUCUAGACUUCCUGGCUUUUUUGGGGAAUAUCUAGGGUUGAGUGGAGCACGUUUGGAUGGAGCAGAAAUAGCAGCAUGUGGUUUAGCCACACAUUUUGUACCUUCAACAAAGCUAACGUCAUUGGAAAAUGCCUUACAAGUUCUUAAUUCUCCAAAUGUUUCAACAAUUUCUGCCCUGAUAGAAACGUUCGCAGAGAAACCAAAUGUGAAAGAAGACAGCCCUUUUAGUAGGUUGGAAGUUAUAAACAAAUGUUUUUCGAAAGAAACUGUGGAAGAAAUAAUUGAAUCAUUGGAAGAACACGAAUCAGAAAAUGGAGCUGAAAAAUGGAUUACGAUUGCGUUAAGCUUCAUUCGCUCAUCUUGUCCUACUAGCCUCAAGAUAUUUCUCAAAUCAAUUAGGAGAGGGCGGGUAGAAAAGAUUGACCAAUGUCUUUAUCGAGACUAUAUCAUUGCCUGCCACUUCUUCAGAGGAACUUUUGGCAAUCAUUUCUACGAGGGUUCGAGAGCAAAGCUAUUUGAUAAAGACAACAAGCCUAAGUGGGAGCCUUCGAAACUAGAGCUUGUUGACGAAGAAAUGGUGAAUCAAUACUUUAGGAAUAUCAAUGAUGAAGAGUGGGAAUAUCUUCGAUUUCCUGAUAGAUCCAAUUACCAAAUUGCGUGCAAAUUGUAG